CACGGUACCCUUUGAGAACUCAUUCAUCACGAUAGCUGUCAUGCUAGCCGUUGUCAUCGCAACCUGAAGUAAAAUCGUUACCGCUACUGAAAUGUAACGUAAUUCACACACCCAUGUGAAUGAUUAUAUAUGCUAGUGGAUAUCGCCAACACUUGCCUGCGUGGGGGACUGGGAACUAACGUGUCGUGUUAUGGGAGAAACACGGAGGUCAGGCGAACGGUGGACUGUCAACAACAAUAAUGUCCGUGUGAAACGACUCUGCUACCGCUGUAAUUGUUCUUUCUCUAUAUUAUAGCACCGAUCAAAUUAAACCAUGCCUGGGAAACUAAAGGCCAAAAUCGUGGCAGGGCGCCACUUGCCUGUAAUGGACAGAGCAAGUGAUCUAACGGAUGCCUUUGUUGAGGUCAAGUUUGGAAAUACAACUUUCAAAACAGAUGUUUUUCCCAAGUCCCUUAAUCCACAGUGGAACUCUGAAUGGUUCAAGUUUGAGGUUGAUGAUGAGGACUUGCAGGAUGAACCAUUGCAGAUCACAGUGUUGGACCAUGAUACAUACAGCGCUAACGAUGCCAUAGGGAAAGUUUACAUUGACAUUGAUCCUUUGCUAUGUACUGAGGCUGCCUCUAUCAUCUCUGGCUGGUUCCCCAUCUACGACACCAUACAUGGAAUCAGAGGAGAAAUCAAUGUCCUUGUAAAAGUGGAGCUUUUCAACGACUUGAAUCGUUUCAGGCAGUCGUCUUGUGGGGUCAAGUUUUUCUGCACCACAUCUAUUCCACGGGGCUACCGAGCAGCCAUGGUACACGGGUUUGUAGAAGAACUGGUGGUGAAUGAGGACCCAGAGUACCAGUGGAUAGACCGCAUUAGAACCCCUCGGGCUUCAAAUGAAGCGCGUCAGAGACUCAUCUCUCUCAUGUCUGGAGAGCUGCAGAGGAAAAUAGGGCUUAAAGUUUUGGAGAUGGGUGGGAAUGCAGUGGUGGGCUACCUGCAGUGUUUUGACUUGGAGGGGGAGUCUGGCCUGGUGGUCCGGGCCAUAGGCACCGCCUGCACUCUGGAAAAACAGAGCUCAGGAAGCCUCGUGAACACACACACGCAUCCUAACACAGCACCUGCUUCUAACGCCUGCAAUUCCCCGUCUAAAGAUGGAAAGGAGCCGGUAUUUGGUGAGGAUCUGCCCUCGUCCUCCGGCCCGCCUACCCCUUUCCGAAACCUCCCCACCUCCUCCUCCUCUCCUCCCCCCUUCUCUCCCUUCAAGCCAUGCAGCCGUCAGUCCUCUUCAUCAGACACAGACCUCAGUUUGACGCCCAAGACGGGGAUGGGCAGUGGCGGGAGCGCAGGGAAGGAGGCUGGACCGUUGAAGACGCUGCUGAGGCAGCAGACGCAGACCGCUCUCGAACAGAGGGGAGCAUCCUCCUCUGGGUUAUUGUUAAACGCCAGGGAGUUCCCCUUCUUCACCUUGACUUCUUUCCCGCCGGGUUUUCUGGUUCACGUCGGCGGCGUGGUCAGUGCCCGUUCUGUUAAAUUGCUGGAUCGCAUACACAACCCCGCCUUGGGUAACACGCGCUCAUACAAACUGCUAGACUGGAAUAGUGUCACUGCAGAUGAACCUGAGACACGUGAUGCCUGGUGGGAAGAGAUUCGUCAGGAAAUUAAAUCUCAUGCCAAAGCUCUUGGUUGCCAUGCUGUUGUAGGAUACAGUGAGAACACAAGCAUCUGUGAAGAGGUGUGUAUUCUGUCCGCAUCAGGGACAGCCGCCAUCUUGAAUCCUCGGUAUAUGCGUGAAGGCUGUCUUGACAUUGGCAGCACCGACCAAAGGUUCGAUGAUCCAUCACCUCCAAGCUGUGGCUUCUGUCACAUCCCGUAUGACGAGCUCAACAUGCCAUUUCCUGCCCAGCUCACGUAUUGUUACAACUGCAGGCGGCAAAAGGUUCCAGAUGUGUUAUUCACAACAAUCGACUUGCCAGCGGAGGCAGCUGUCACAGGGAAAGGCUGCCUCAUUCAGGCCAGACUGUGUCGUCUGAAAAAGAAAGCUCAGGGAGAAGUGAAUGCGACCGCCAUCUCAAACUUGCUGCCUUUCAUGGAAUACGAGCUGCACACUCAGCUGAUGAAUAAGCUGAAGCUCCGGAGCAUGAAUGCUCUGUUUGGUCUGCACAUACAGAUCAGCGUUGGCGAGAACAUGCUGCUGGGUCUUGCUUCUGCUACAGGAGUGUACCUGACAGCUCUGCCUGCACCCGGGGGGAUCCAGAUAGCUGGGAAGACCUCCGGUGACCUGAACAAUGAGCAGCACAUCCAGGCUAUCCAGAAAAGGAUCAACGACACCAUCGCCAAGAACAAGGAGCUCUACCAAAUAAACCCUCCGGAGCUGACGGAGGAAGGAGUGGGCUCUCCGAUCCCUGAGCCCAGACACAGAUCCCGACUUUUCCGCUCGCACUCGGAAAGCUCCGAUGAAGUGUCAGAACUGGAUCUGUCGCACGGCAAAAAGGAUGCGUUUGUCCUGGAGAUUGAUGACACAGAUGCUGUGGAGGACAUCCACUCUCUCCUCAUUGAUGCAUCUCCCCCCACAGGUUUCUAUACCUGCAACACUGAGACCAUGCCUGGGAUUUAUAACUGGACUACGGCAGUACAGAUGUUUACAUCGGUUAGGGUCCUGAGGUUGAGCAACGCCAACCUUUCUAACCAAAGCCUGAACAAGAUCUUCACUGACCUCUGUGAGAAUCUGCUGAAGAGUUUUUAUUUCAAGUUACGCUCCAAUAUACCCUGCUGUCUUUGUCAUCUCAACUUCACUGUAGCAGUGCCAGAAGAAGAGCUCAUUCAGGUUUCGGUGACAGCUGUCGCCAUGACGUUUGACAAGGACCAGACUCAGGAGAGGUUUAUUACCAAAGGUGGGAUUGAGACCGAAGAGCAGCUGCAGUUUCCUCUGGAGUUGUGCGCUGACUCCUCAUCCACCAACGCUCAACCUUCUUCCAAAUUUUCAGGUGUCCCAGAAAAUACCAUUGUCUCACCCAGAGCUGCCUCCGUUGAUUACGGUUCCUUUGCAGACAGAUGCAGCACCUGGCUAGAGCUGCUUAGGCUGAAAGCGCACACCAUAAGACGAGGAUCAGUUAAGACAAGUAGGAGGACACAGUCUCUAGCACACUCUGUCUCGUCUUUGGAGCACUGCAGUCCGCUGACGGAGGGACGCCCCCGCUCUCUGCGCUCCAGUCGCUCCUUUGGAGGCAGUUCUGUGACCAUGGUGAAAAUGACGCCACUCUCUUUCCUCCCUGGGACCCGAAUCAUUAAAUACCUUGGAAUCAUCAACAUGUUCUUCAUCAGAGAGACCACAUCCCUACGAGAGGAAGGUGGAGUUAGCGGUUUCCUCCAUUCGUUCAUCGCUGAGGUGUUUGCGAUGGUUCGAGCCCACGUAGCAGCUCUGGGUGGCAACGCAGUGGUGUCCUACAGCAUGAAAGAUUGCGUUUUAAUGGAAAAUCCCAACAAGAACCAGGCUCAGUGCCUCAUUAACGUGAGCGGGGACGCGGUCAUCUGCGUCAGGGAGACGGACCAGGAGCCCAUGACCUCGAUGACUAAUAUCGGACAGACUUGUGCCGCUGAUGGAGCGACAUGACUCUGAGACAGCUGAUCCGAUUCCACCAGCAGGAAACACUGUCAGAGUGAACACACUCUCUUUAAGUCUAGCCAUCCAAAUCUGUGUGAAUUUAUAUUUGCCUUAAAAUUCUCAAAGAUCCAAAGGUGUGUAGAUAUAAUAUUCAUAAUAUUCAUAAUAAUACAAUAAUAAUAAGGAUAAUGAGAAUAAAAAACACUUACAUGUGCUGAAAACAGUCUAUUAUCUGUAAACAUAUGCGUAAUAUCUUUUCAUGUUUGAAAAGAAAUUGAUGUGGCUCUUAUUGGUUGAAAAUAACCGAAGGGGCGUCUAAAUUAGAAGCUUUUCUUUUUACUAAAGCCGUCCGCACUGGGAUUUGACCACAGCAACACUGUAUCAGCCAUCUCCUUGUGUUUUGCACACAUGAGGCAGCUAUAGUUAAUUUGUCCGUCUGCAAACCACAGACUGAAUUUCAGUGGCCAGGCUAAAAGGGAUGCAAGCAUUUACAAGCAAACCAUUUAUAUGCAGUUAGAUUCUUGCAGUGUUUUAUGUAGCUUCUCAUGCAAGUCAAGUGUUUCCAUUUCAAAAGAGUUCUGCCUCUAAGGAAAAUACAAUCCAGCCUGCCAUAGGCAUUUGGAGCCAAGACUUUCAAUAUGCAGAGUAAACCCACAGCAUGUUUUGUGUUCAUGGGAAAGUUCUCCCCUUUUAAUGUUGUCUAAAUUUCUACUGGUAUUGAUAAUUGUCACAGUAUUGUUUUAAUUUUUAUUUCUUCAGCAAGUGUCAAAGAAUAGUGUCACAAACUAGUUUUUUUUUUAUUUGUUUGUUUGUUUGUUUAGAAUGGGGCAAGUUACUUUGAAUAACUAAAAGAUAUGUUUAGGUUAAAGGUGUAAUAUGCAAAUAUUUUAGUAGAAUAAGAAUUUCUUUGAGGGAAAUCUGUUCCAGUGGCUAAUUUGUGAUUUUUAAGUUCUCAUUUAUUUUCAAAUGUAAAAAUCAGGUAGCAAAGAAAGCAUGAUUUUUAUUUCUUUCUGGGUGGGCAAUUUGGGAUUUAUAUUAAAAUAAAUAAAUAAAAAAUGGGCAGUUGGGAUCUAACAGAUUACUUUCAAAGGAAAAAUUCUGGGAUCUAACUAAGGCAUGAGGCUUGCAAAUCUUAGAUCAUGUUCUCUAUGUGUAGCACCUGUGUCAAAUUUCACAUUGCCAAGCUUCAUCACCACUGCUUUGGCCCUCGUCAUUUCAAGAGUCUCUCUGCUGAUCUGUCCGGCAUCUGGAUAAGCAUCUUCUAGAGUUGGUGCCACCUAAAAAUAAACUCUGUAAAUAUUGUGUACAAUCAGAGUUGUUUUUCUGUAUUUUUAUAGCGUCAAAGAAUGAAUUGUGAUGCCUGUGGAGGGCAUUCCUGAUUUUAAUCACUCUGUCAGAGAUUUAAAGGUACUCCAAUCUGUGUGAUCAGUAGUUUUGUGAUCAUUUUUCUGUGUUGUGGCUAAAACUUGAAUGUAUAUACAUGGAUGCUUUUGCUAUUGGACUAGCAGCAUGCAGAGCAUCUCUUUAUUGCCAUGAAUCUGUAUGCUUGCCUGGUAAGUUGCACAAUAAACUAAUGUCAAACCAAA